AGAAUGCAUCAGUUCGGGUCGGACAUUUAACGGUGAAUGUACGCAACGCACGCCAGCGUCGCGUCGUGGCAGUAAUGUAACGCGAAAGUAGUGGGGAAACAGAAAGACAACAAGCAGAUAGUAUAAGAAAUGAAAAAACAAAAAUUAUGAAAUGAAACCAAAACAAAAACAAGUGCAAAACGCGAAAAACAAAAACUAAAUAAAAUUCUUACCAGCCACACGGUCGAAAACAAACUCAUGUGUUUACUUAUGGUAUAAACCAUUAUUAUUGUAUGGGUACGUGGGGUACGUGUGUGUAUUUGGAUAAUUAAAAAUUUAUGUUUACGCGCCUUGAAAUAUGCAGGCUGCUCUGUGCUGUUAUAUGCAGUGCGUUGCGCAGCUGAACGAAAGAGUGGCACACAAACUAGUAAAAGCGUAAGGGCAAGCAUUGAGGGUAUCUAUUAAGUGAGCGUGUGUGCGUGUGUGCAUGUGUGUAAUUGCUGUAUGGGUGCCUGUGUCGAUGCAAUCGUGUCCCCAUGCAGCUGCUGCCGUAGUACGUCAUUGCGGUCUGCCGCUAUCAUUUCCUGCCGCAACGCACUUCCCAAGGGUGAUGUUUUUAUUUUUUAUUUUUAGUUUUCUGCCUUUUUAUGGAUCUGCAAGCGUUGCAGGUUAUGCGAAUGUAGCGAUGUUCGCAUUCUCAGAGAGAACUAAAAAAUUAAGCAGCUUAAAAUACAAAAUGGUUUUUCAGGACAAUGUAGCGAACAAAAGCGAGUAAUAUCGAAAACCGCGCCAACCAACCAACCACCAACAAAAUGGCAAGCGAAAACAACUACAACAAAAAGAGUACAUGCCACGAAAUCGUACUAAAUUAAAUAUUUUCUGCAAGCUUUCAAAAAAUAUAUGAUGAACAGCAACAGUAACAAAAAGAAAGCAAGAAACAACAACAGUUUGAGAGAAAACCCAAUCAAUAUGUGGGGAAAAAAACAACGAAAUGAAUGAGCAAUCGGGCAAAGUGAGAAAGAGUCGAACGCAAACACAAUAAGCAGUGAAAAUGAGCUGCAAAUUUGAAAAAAAAAAUAAAGUGAUAUUCAGGAAUUCAUCAACAAAAGUGUGGAAAUAAUUAAAAUGAACAAAAUAGCAAAAUCGGAAAAUUGAAAAAGAAAAAAAAUAAGUUAAUUAAAGUUUAAGGGAAAAGGUUUUUGGGUAAAAGCAAAUGAGAAUUGAAGUGGAAAAAAUCGAAAAAUUUUAAUUUCUUUGAGUUUGCUAGAGUUUAUUUUUUGUUAUUGAAUUUUAAGUUAUCGUGAGGCGAGUUCAACAGCUGAAUAAGCUGAGCAUAUAUCCUAGUCCUGCUGCAUACUGCGCUGCGACAAAGCUUCUGGUUGCUUUAAAUUACUUACACGCAUAUUCCCAUUCCUCAAUUCUGAACGCUCAACACUGGCCACAGGACUUAAACCAAUACUUACCAAUUUCGAAAAUCCUACGCUUUCAGUGGUGCCCAGAACCACAAUAUGGAGCAUGGGAAUCUAUUAACACCAUUCAACACUCCUUACCGAGAAAGGCCACACAUAGGGGCAGCCUUGUGAAAACUUUCAGACAAGUGAUACAAAUUUAUAGGAGUAUGCCCAGGACUCUCAUGCUCGUACUUUAGUAGUAGUUUCGAAAUUGUUCCGCCCUUCCAUUAGAAAUGGAAUUUAUGCCUUUGGAACACUUUUUUGCCUUGACUUUAUUUUUACUGGAAAUAUGGAAAUGAGAGAAGUGUAGAGUAUGUGUCAAGUCAGAUUACUUAAUUUCAAUCCAAAAGAAAGCAUCAGUGGACGUGAGCGCAGUAAAAGAGAGAUAGGAAGAAAGUUUUGGUCAAACAUCACUAAAGAUGAUAUACUACCCGGUUUGACCUUCAGCUGUGGGGAAAAACGAAAUUGAGCGAAUGAUUUCAGCUACCACAGGUACUAGGUAGCAGCUAAUUUCACACAAAGCGUAUUCCUUAAGGGGUUAGGUGGGUUUCAGAGGUUGGAAAAAAGAAGAUUUUGACUAUUUUUUUUUAGUAUAUAAAAUCAUAUAUUUUAUUAAAACAAUUCACUAUUUCUAAGAUACAUUUAUAAACAGUAUUUUGUAAAAUUUUUAUUUAAAAAUUUCGAAAACUCAGCCGUUGGUACCUCAUCUUCUUUGACGUCUCAAAAACAAAUGCUCUUGCCGUGGACAACAUAACUCAUUAUUGGUUCAUCUAAAAUCAAAAAACGAAACGGAUUUCGUUAGUACAUGGAUAAAUCAUGUUGUUGUACGAAGGAAAAAAAAUCAAAAUUUGAAUUUUUGACAGGCUUUGAACCAAAAAACACAUUUUUUAGUGAAGUUUUCGACAUACAUUGGCUCAAAAAAAAUAGUUCUAAUUAAAAAAAAAUCCUUCGUUCAACAACUAGAUAAUGUUAUUUCAAAUAUUUGUACAAAAUUUGAACUAAAUCGCUUCAUAACCGUUCGAGAUAUCGUGUCCACCGUCUUAAAAAAUGGAGUUUUGAGAUAAACACGUAUACCUGAGAAACGCUCAACUGACGUGGCCUAAUGGGCGGGAACUUCUGAAGGGUCUAUCUCUUAGAAUUUUACUCGGAUCGACUUAAAAUUUUAGGAGAGUAUUUUAAACAUACUGUACUAUUUAAGGAGACAAAAGAAAAAAAAAUCGAUUUUUUUAAAUUUUCAAACCCACCUAACCCCUUAAAGGUGGUGUCACUAGACCAACAACCAUGUUUACUUCUUUGGAUUGUCACGGCAAAGUAUUGGCAAAGUAGAAAACAAAGAAUGAAUUCGCUUUGUUUUAUUCUGUGCUGGCAGCUAUAUGGGCAAGGCGAAAAAAAUGCCAGCUGAUUUAUCGAUACCACAUUUAAUAGACGCGGCUUGCUUUCACAAACUGGUCCAAUCAGUUGUUGUUCAGGCGCCAUCGAAGCAGCAUGAGAGGUUGAUUUGAUUUUUUUCGUUUAUCACCAACACAACCCAGUCUUUUCGUAAACAAAUCGUCAUAUCAUAACCUCAGUGACGUCAUAAAAUCAGCUGAUGCUAUGAAAUUCACUGAGAGCCAGUUAAAGGUCUCAUAUUUGCCACACCUACUGAAUUUUUUCUACCAUGAGUUGCGUCCUGAUUUUGGUGAAAUUUUCAAUGCAUAGUCCUUACUAUAAUAAGAAGGCUGUGGUAAAAGUGACGGUUUUACAAGAGACAGGGAGAAAUGGAUUGAAGAUAGAAUCCUUUUUUAUUGGAUUAGAUUUAAGUUAUGAAAUUUCAUAUCCCUGAUUUUUAGUAUAAAGUAAUAAAAGGACAUAUUCUUGUGACAAGCCGAACAGAAAACUGUCGAAAUUUCUUCUAAAACUUGGAAGUAAAAACGUUCGAGUGAUGGUCGGUGUUAUUAGAGGUCUGCAUAUGACCACUGCUGAUUAGCUGUCUCUAUCUCUAUCUCUAUUUCUUUCUUUCUGUUACUCCUUUUCUUUCCUCCUUGACUAUCUACCCUUUUACUUUCCAGAGCAUAUAAGUUGAUCGAUUUUGACCAAUAAGUGACAGUAAUUAUAAAAUAAAUUAAUAGAUACAAAUAAAAAUAAAUAAUAGAUGCAUUUAAUGUGAAAAAUCCUAAUUUAUUUUUAUACAAAAAGAACCUGCUAAAAUACGUAGUUGCUUCAUCAAAACUUGACUUGAUUUGACACUUUAAUAGGGCCAAAAAUAUUUUGGUCAAGGAAAGAAAAUGAAACGCAGAGGGGGCUACAAUGAAAUGAGCACAGCGAAUGUGCAUAAAAAAUAGAAAAGAAAAUACAAAAAAUAAGUGCGAAAAAUUCCGUGUAUAAGAAACAACUGAAAACACUGAAAAGGUAAAUCCCAAGCCGAUGGGGAAGUUGUUAAGAAAAAUGAGCAGCAGAAAAAAAAUUAAAAAAUGUGAGCCAGGAGAAAUCGAAGGACACAAUGAAUUGAAAUUUCACUAACAAGAGCUGGAAAAACAGUAGGAAAAAAUCAGCAGCCUCCGUAAGAAAAGUGAAAGCAAAACGCGUGAAACGAACUAAUACACCAAUAAACCAUUACAAAAACAAUGCUAACAAAAACGUAACGACAAAAUUUCAAACUCAAUGAACGAGAAAUUAUCACUACCCGCAGCCACACCUAUUGAACAGCUGCAACAACAACAACAACAACAACAGACCAUUGCUUGUGCGACCAUUGACCGCGCGGAUUAUCAUUACGAAUCAACGCAGCUACCACUAGCGAUAACAUACACACACGAAAGCACGAAUAGCAAUAAUGACAAAGCGAGUGGAAUUGAUGUGGGCUGUGUGGUGGAUGGCAGUAAUGGUGGAGCAGCAGCUGCAACAAUCGGAGCUGGAGGUGGUGCCAGCAGUGAAUUGUAUCGUUACGCGUCGGUAGCAAGUUUAGGCGGCGGCUCAACAAUGCCGGGUAUAGAUGCCUUCAUGGCGGGCACAUCUCCUGCUCCAGCUGGUGCGCCUCUAGCGCCACCUGCGACAAUUCUGAAAAUUAGCAACAAUGGAGGCAGUGGCAGCGGCAGCAAAGGUAGCAACUUGAACAGUCCGCACAAGCAGCAGUUGGGUGCACCACAGCGCGACAAUUUUUGCGGUUGCUUUGGCAACGGCAGCCCGAAUGAGGGCGUUGGGGUCGGCGAUAAGCAGCAAUUGCCCGCGUUGACUUUUUGGCCCGCAUUGUUUGCCAAUUUGGGGAUUUGCACGCUACUGCUCGGCUAUCUAUUCAUUGGCUCAUUUCUAUUCCUCACCAUAGAAACUUCCGGCGACGGAGGCAGCGCAGCGGGCGUUGUCAGUGAUCCAAAUGCCUGGUCAUACGCGCACAAUGCAUACAUAUCGACACAACAAGAACAAAAACCACACAAACACCCAGCUGAAACGAGUUUCGGCGGAGCGCAGUCAAAGUUAUACAAAUCCAGUGAACCGUUAUUGGAUGUGGCAACCGCAGGAGGAAUGCGCUUGCAAGGAACUACUGCUGCUGCUGCUGCUGAUGGAGAGAAGCCACAUGAAAGCAGUAUCAGUGGCAACUUCCACGUGAAUAUGCCCAAUACGAAGAGACAGGUAGCGGUGAAUAGUACGCAAACAGUUGCAACGGUUGCUGUGCAAUUUGAUGUGAUUGCAAAACCGGAAACGGAAACAUACAUUGACAACAAGCACGCCAACAAGUUGGGGCCAACGAACAGCAUGACGCCGCAACAGUCAAAUGACGCUCCGGCUGGUAUAGCUACAUACGAGUAUUCAACACUGCGACAAGCCUAUCGAGUUGCUGCUAAUACCAUGGAAGCUGCCAUUGGCAAUGACAUUAACGGCCAUGAUGUUGAUGUUGAUGCUGAGGUUGGUGCUGGUAUGGCUGAUGGGGAAGGGGUUGGCGAGGUGAUGGCUGCGGCCGAUGGUGCAUGGGUUGGGGAAAAUGUGGCGCUGAAACGUACUGUGGAGAAUAUUUGGGAUAUAACGGUUUCAUUGAAUAUACUCUACAAGGAAAAUUGGACUAAAUUGGCCGCCUUGGAGAUUAAUAAAUUUCAGGAUCAAUUAGUCAAACGGCUUGUCAUGGAUUUGACUCUAUCAACGGCGACAGGAGUAGUGGGGGCAGGUAUGCCCGCAACAACAAUAAACGAUGCAUAUUCAAGGCAACAACAACAAUUAUACUCACAACAAGAUAACAUUGAACAACAUCAGCCAUCGCAGCCGUAUGAUUAUCACAACAUGGAACCGGCUACAAAUAAACAUUACGGCAAUGAUGCAGCUCAACAGCGUCAACAACAAAGACAACGUGAACGUUACUGGCAAUUACAAGCGGCUCGACAACGUCAGUGGCAAUUGCAACAGCAGCAACAACAAUUUGAGUGGAAUUUCGCAACGUCGUUUCUGUAUUCACUUACCGUGGUGACGACAGUGGGCUACGGCACCAUUACGCCACGCACUACACUCGGCCGCAUGGUCACCAUUGCGUAUGCCACAAUUGGCAUUCCACUCACGUUGGUGUAUCUCUCGAGCAUCGGCAGCAUUUUGGCAAAAUUAGCCAGCGGCUUUUGUGAGCGUCUACUAUGUUGUUGUUUUUGUCGUGCGUCUCCCAAUAAACGUCAUACAAUUUGUGGCUUUAGUCGACAACAGGUCUCGGAUAAAAAAUGUAAUCUCAAACUGCAACAGUUACAAAAGCAUCAUCACCAACAACAGCAGCAGCAGCAGCAUCCGUCGAACUCAGCUCAGUUGGCUCAACAACAACAGACAACGCAGUCUACACAAUCGGCACACUUGCCCUACUGCUACGUGCGUCCCCCAGCUGAUGAUUCACUUAGCUAUGCUGAGCACUCACCACUCUCUGCGCAUUCCGGCACGCGCAACAGCAGCGCGCAUACACUACGCUGGUCGUUAGCGCUGCCGCUUGGCUUCUGUGUGCUGCUGUUAUUGUCGUACGUUGCCUUCGGCUCGCUGGUUAUUGCGCUAAUGGAGCAGUGGCCUUUCUUCGAUGGCAUCUAUUUCUGUUUCAUGAGUUUGACGACAAUUGGCUUUUGUGAUCUACUGCCGGGUGCGCAUGUGCGCCCUGCCACCACCGCCUCCACGUUGGUGGUGUGGUUCUGUGCGGCGUACAUAUUGAGCGGUCUAACGCUCACAUCCAUGUGCGUGAAUUUGUUGCAUGAUGAAUUUUUGCAGCGUAUGCGUGUUGUGGUGAAAUUCAAAAAAGUUGCCACCGGCAAGAACACAGCGAAAGAGCGAAAUUUCUUUGGUGCACCACCUUGACGAUGCGGCGAAAACUGUGUGGGUGCACGUGCUGGUGGUGGCACAGCUGUUUGCGAUGCAACUUUGUCGUCGAGACUGCUGCAUGGCGAUAGCUUUCUGCGCAUGGUGGCAUUGUUUCUGCGGAAUGGAAUACGGAUGCAGCAGCGAACGAGCGGGCGAUGAAGAUGCAGAUGGGUGUGUGUAUGUGAGCGUGAGAUGCGGAACGUGUGGAUCGAUAUAUGAGAUUAAACCUGUGCCAAACGUGAUUAUUUUUUAAGUGUUAGUCGUACUUAAGUGCGUAAAAAAAGUGUGUUUCUUUUCUUUAUGUUCUUGAAAAUAAAGAAACUUCCGAUUGAUUCGUAAUUCCAUUUGAUGCCGCACAAAAGUGACGUAGUAACAACGCCCGGAGUAGACAAUGAGUCGCGCAAAAAUCUACGCCUACCCUCUACUCCAUGAGCCAUCACCAAGAAGCCGUGUGAAAACUGACACAAUUAACUCUUGGAAAUUUAAGCAGCAGACGCUGACAAAACGUGACCAUAACGAAAAUUUAAUUUCAACGUAAAUUAAGAUGUGUUUAAAACUUUGUGAGCUCCACUCCCCUCAUCGUAUCACAUCGAAUUAUUCUGCAACUUCGACGCUACCUUCAAACGCACCCGCACAUAGAGGGGGAGUGAGUGAGAGAUUAUGUCACGAGUACGUGAAUUCUGCGCUCAGUGCAGUUCAAUUUCGUGAAGCUUUGUGAAACGUGACAGCAAUGCGCGGCAACAGCAACAACAACCAGAACAACAACGUUUUCUUAUUAUUUUUAUUGCGGCGCACUAAGGAGGCAACAUCGAGAAGGCGUAGUAGGGUAAGGAAAAUGCGCAGGCGAAAGUUGACAGUUGCUUGACAGUUGACAGUGAAAGUUAAGCUGCGGUAGCUGCCACAAUUGACAACUCACAGCUGACGUAGUCGCUGUCACUGCGGUUGUGGUCGGCGGAGUACAAGUCGUACAUGCGGAAAUGGGGUAUGGUGAAUAGCAGCGGAUGCGAUGGUGCGAUGGCAAUCUUCGCCGCUGUCAUUUGCAUAUUUCAUAAUAUAUUUGAAAUGAGUGCAAGGAAAUAUACGAGUAUAAGGAAAUGUAAAUUUAAAAUUGAAUUUAAAUAUUUAUGAAAUGUGUUCAGUUGUAUUGAAAAUAUUUUAAAAAUAUGAAAUAGAAAAAAACCUGCAUUUAUUAUUUUUAAACCGUAGCGUGAAUGAACAUUAAGUUUGUUAGAGUGUGCCAGAAAUCAAUAAAUACAUCUAUAAAUAUUUGAAAUAUUAAAUUUAAAGAAUACACUAAUGUGCGUGCAAGUGUAUGUGUGUAUGUGCAAGAGCAACUUACGAAAUAAAAAGCACGAAAAUUUAAUUUUCGCAAAUAAAAA